AUGUACAGCAUGCUGGAGACUGAGAUCAAGACGCCGCAGCCCACGCCGGGCAGCGGCGGAGGCGGCGGGGCCGGCAACGGAGCGGGAGCCGGCUCGGACCAGGACCGGGUGAAGCGCCCCAUGAACGCCUUCAUGGUGUGGUCGCGGGGCCAGCGGCGGAAGAUGGCCCAGGAGAACCCCAAGAUGCACAACUCGGAGAUCAGCAAGCGCCUCGGGGCCGACUGGAAGCUGCUGAGCGACGCCGAGAAGCGGCCCUUCAUCGACGAGGCCAAGCGGCUGCGGGCCGUGCACAUGAAGGAGUAUCCGGAUUACAAAUACCGGCCCCGAAGGAAGACCAAGACCUUGCUGAAGAAGGACAAAUACUCGCUGCCCGGCAAUCUGCUGGCCCCAGGGGGGGGCAACGCGGUGAGCAGCCCCGUCGGGGUGGGGCAGAGGAUUGACACUUACGCCCACAUGAACGGCUGGACCAACGGGGCUUACUCACUGAUGCAAGACCAGCUGGGCUACAGCCAGCACCCGGGCAUGAACAGCCCCCAGCUGCAGCAGAUGCACCGCUACGACAUGACGGGCCUGCAGUACAGCCCCAUGAUGUCCACGGCGCAGACCUACAUGAACGCCGCCUCCACCUACAGCAUGUCCCCCGCCGCCUACGGCCAGCAGCCCUCCACGGCCAUGAGCCUGGGCUCCAUGGGCUCGGUGGUGAAAUCCGAGCCCAGCUCGCCGCCUCCGGCCAUCACUUCCCACUCGCAGAGGGCCUGCCUGGGAGACCUGCGGGAUAUGAUCAGCAUGUACCUGCCCCCGGGGGGGGAUGCCACAGACCCUUCCGCCCUGCAGGGCAGCAGGUUACACAGCGUCCACCAGCACUACCAGAGUGCCGGGACUGGCGUGAAUGGUACCGUACCACUAACUCACAUAUAAACUUGGCUGCUCCGGACGGCUCCCCGUCUUAAUCCCUAACCCCACCACCGCUCCCUGACUCCACCGGGACGUGCGGCAGUGUUGCUCGGCUUAGCAGACUUAAUACUAACUUUGGAGAAAUUUUAAAAAGGAAAUCCGUUAGUUGUGUCCUUUUUUUUUUUUUUGUAAAAAAAAAAAAAAUUUGAGCAAGCUGUUAUUUUAAUAGAGCACAACUCCUGCCUCCUAGAAGCUGCUGUGAAGUUUUCAAACCACGGCAACUUCUUUCCUGGUUUCUGCUAGGUUGGGCACUGUUUUGUUCGCUUAAAAGUUUUUAAAAGACCUUGCAUCUUCCAGUUUGAUUUCUAGUGUUGCAAUGACAUAAAAAAAAAAAAAAAACCGGCGGGCUUUUGUUUUUAAACUCGGUUGUUCACAUUAUCGUUGUGGUUUCUUAAGUGU